AUGGAUCUCAUUGAUAUCUUCAGGGCAUUACGUCCAAAUGCAGAAUACUUCUUCUUAUCAACUGAACAUGGAACAUUCUCCAGAAAUUCCGAGGUCGCUCGGAAGCCUCUUAGCGAGAGUCUAGGUCGCGAGAGUAAAAAACACCUGGUGGUCCCAGGGGACACGAUCACCAUGGACACAGGCUUCAUGCGGGGCCAUGGAACCUAUAUGGGGGAAGAGAAGCUCAUUGCAUCUGUGGCUGGCUCUGUGGAGAGAGUAAACAAGCUGAUCUGUGUAAAAGCUUUGAAAACCGGUGAGAACAAAAGAUAUAAUGGUGAAGUGGGAGACAUUGUAGUGGGGAGAAUCACAGAGGUUCAACAGAAGAGGUGGAAGGUGGAGACCAACUCCAGGCUGGAUUCAGUCUUGCUUCUCUCAUCCAUGAACCUUCCUGGAGGAGAGCUGAGGCGAAGAUCUGCAGAAGAUGAGCUGGCGAUGAGAGGUUUCUUGCAAGAAGGGGACCUUAUCAGUGCUGAGGUCCAGGCAGUGUUCUCUGAUGGAGCCGUCUCUCUGCACACGAGGAGUCUCAAAUACGGAAAACUAGGUCAGGGCGUUUUGGUUCAGGUCUCCCCUUCCCUGGUGAAACGGCAGAAGACCCACUUCCAUGACCUGCCGUGUGGUGCCUCAGUGAUCCUGGGCAACAAUGGCUUCAUCUGGGUCUACCCAACCCCUGAGCACAAAGAAGACGAUGCAGGGGGCUUCAUCGCAAACCUUGAGCCGGUCUCCCUUGCUGAUCGAGAGGUGAUCUCCCGGCUCCGGAACUGCAUCGUCUCGCUGGCAACUCAGAGGAUGAUGCUGUAUGAUACCAGCAUCCUGUACUGCUAUGAAGCAUCCCUUCCACAUCAGAUCAAAGACAUCUUAAAGCCAGAAAUAAUGGAGGAAAUUGUGAUGGAAACACGCCAGAGGCUUUUGGAACAGGAGGGGUAAGAAGAAGCCUCUGACGGCCAGGACUGUGUGGACCCUAGCAGAGCAGCCCUUGAAAGUGGAGAAUCUGAUUGGUGGUCCCCACGUGCAGCUUAGUGAAGAACCGGGAAAUUCAUCACUGGACCUACAUUGGGCUGCCUCUACCCCAAAGACCUGCUUUCUCCUGUUUUAAGGCAAAGUGAGGGGGAAGGUGAUUACUGCUGCUGACCCCUUGAGUUGCCCACAGACUUCGGUGCUUCGGGUAGUUUCAGGCCCUUAAAAGCAUUCAGAGUUCCAGCUGAAUAGACUUCUAUUUUGGAAUCAUAUUUUGGAUUCUAUUUUGGAAUCUUUUGUCUUAUAGUCACCGUCAACCCACCAGGCACAGUGCCCCAUGAAAUUGCCCCUAUAUAAAACAUAGCCUCCCUGAUCCCCCCAGUGGUCUGUUUUGGGUCCAUUCCCACCUCCUCUGCAGCGCGAGAAUGACACUGAAGAGUGUAGCUGGUAAAAUGAACCCAAGAGUCAGUGGGAGAACACAGCAACCAAGCAGCCUUUUGCUUGGUUGGAAUCUCAUUUCCUGUUACAUGUUCCCCCUAGUGACAGACACAAGUACAUCCCCGCCAGGCUGCCUUAAUCUGUUCUGCCUUUGAGGGUGAUCUGUCAGAAGCUGAAUAAUUGAGGACAGAGAGAAUGACUGUUUUGGGUGCUCUGAUAAAUGUGAAAACAAAGUAAGAAAGGUGGAGAUGGAAAAAGAAAAGUUUUUCCUCCUAUAACUGAAGCAGCAGUGCAUUUACUUUUGAAUAAUUCAGGGUUGAAAGGUAAAAACAAGAUACUGAAGUUCUGUCUCACUGAGAAUGGCUAGAAUUUUUAUGCAUUCUUUUUCAGAUGACUUUCUAAACAUGGUGCCCUGAUUUGGGUUUGGGGUAAACAGUUCUUUUAAAGACAGUAUAUGAGAGUGCUAUUUGGGGAGCUGUUUGUUUUUGUUUUUUGUUUUUUUUUUUAGUUUAUACAUGUGGCAUCACCAUUUCUGUUCUUGUAUUCUGUGUAAUACUUGGGAGCUAAGUACAGGUGAAGGACGACUUGGGAGAUAGAAAUUCUUCUGACAGAGGCCUUUAAACUUAAACCUAGAACACCUAGUAAAAUUUAAACCUAAGGACAGUUUCAGUGGUAACGUGGAGCAUCUGACAGUUUGGAAACGGAACUCAGCUCUUUUUUGUUAAGUUGUGUGUCUUUAUAACGUCAUUUAGUCUGUUGCCUGUUUCAAGGGGCUGCAGACAACUGAGUGUUGUACAGGCCGCGUUGCAGCCUUAGGUUUGCUCCCUUGUUUCCAAGAACACGUCCCAGGUUGUAUGUCCCUGAAGGGAAGGGGAAAGGGGAGGAUGGGAGCCUGCAUCCUGCUCUGGGCUGCUUUUGAUCAGGGCCGUCAGUGGGUUCUGAAUGUUUGCCCUUCUCACUUGGUCUCCCAAGCUGCCACCCCAUGCUGUUCACUCAGUAUAUCCUGAAUACUGGUUACCUACUAAGUGGAGAUACCAACAUAUAAAAGUCUAAAAACAUCUUUUUGGUUAUUAGCUACUUUUUUUGUGGCCCACUAGAGGGUGCCCUUGUUAAGCGUAAUUUCAGUAGGUAUUUUUUUAAAAAUAAAGCUGAAGUUUUUACACUGGUUCUGAA